CGCCCUUGUCGCCCUCUCACAUACGGAAGAGUGAACUUUUCCCGUGCUGCAGUCAGCUACUUUCUGAGCGCAACCUCUAUCCGUUCAGUAUGCAGACAGCUCGGAAUGGCUACUGACGCCAGCACGCUUGAGGAGCUACAUAGCGAGCUCACCUGUCCAGUGUGCCUCGAGCUCUUCCGUGAGCCGGUGAUACUCGAGUGCGGACACCACUUCUGUCGCGUGUGCAUUACGCAGUGCUGGGAGGCCAAGUACGAUGAACACCCGACCUGCCCCAAGUGCCGAAAGACAUGCGCUCCGAAGCUGCGCCCCAACUCGCUUCUGUGUAACGUCGUGGACAGCGUGAGGAGAGCUCGAGCCAUGGAUGGGAAACCCGGAGACCAGGAGAGCUCACAGGAGGAUACUGAAGAACGGCAAAGGGGGGGCAUUAUGCCCAGCUCCGGGUUCAGUUUCACCGAUUUCUCUCCUCGCCUCGAGUCGGACCGGUGCGAGGAGCACGAGGAGAAGUUGAAGCUAUUCUGUGAGGAUGAUCAGCUCGCGAUCUGCCUGGUGUGCGGAAUGUCCCGAGACCACAAGACGCACAAUGUCAUCCCCAUCAACGAGGCGUUCGAGAACUACAAUGGCAAGCUGUCCAUAGCCCUGCAGAGAGUAAUGAUCCAGACUGAACAAGCUUCUCUCUGUCAGGUCCAGACCAACAACAAGAUCAUGCUCAUCAAGGAGCGAGCUGGGGACAUAGAGGAGCAGGUGAGUGCAGAGUUUGGACGUCUGAGGGAGUUCCUUCUCCAGGAGGAGGAGAGAGUGAAGGAGAGUCUGCGGCGGGAGAAGGAAAAUAGGCUCAACCAAUUGGAGGAGGUCCUCAAACACACCACAGAACAAAUCGGCCAGUUAGAGCAAACUGCAGACCAGCUCCGCGUCAAACUCCGAGAGAGUGAGAACCCGGCACAACUCCGGGGAAUCAAGGAUUUUAUCGGGGGAGCGGAGAUUAUGUUUGAGCGACCCCCGGAGGUGUGUGUGGAUCUGCCGGAGGGGGAGUUCCUGGGACCACUGCAGUACCGCACCUGGAGGAGGAUGAGCGCUGUCCUUCAGCCAGGUGUGACAGCGGUGACUCUAAACCCAGACACCGCCUACCCCAGGCUGUGGGUGUCCACGUGCUGCACCCAGGUCAGUGUCGGGGACAUCCAGCCCAACCUGCCCAACAACCCUGAGCGCUUCACGCGCUACAACAUUGUCCUGGGAAGUCAGGCCCUCGCCUCAGGGCAACACUACUGGGUGGUUGAGGUGGGCACCAAGACGGCCUGGGGGCUGGGGGUGGCGGCCGCCUCGGUCAACAGGAAGGAUGAGAUUAGCCUGUGUCCCGACGACGGCUUCUGGACCCUGGUGUUAAGAGAGGGGCGGGGAGGGAGCGAGUACGAGGCCUGCACCAACCACGAGGAGAGCCUGUUGCACCCCCCUCGACCCCCCAGGAGGGUAGGGGUGUACCUUGACUACGAUAGGGGUGUGGUGGCGUUUUACGACGCAGGGGAUAUGAGUCACCUGUUCACCUUCUCCGAUGCCACGUUCACAGAGCCGGUGUUCCCCUACUUCAACCCCUGGCCAAUCAUCAAAGGGAGAAACCGUGAGCCUCUUAUCAUUAUUAGCCCCGACCCGGAGGUAUGAGAGACCUGGUAAGAACUGUCAGAGAACACUGAGAACCAAAGACAAGAAAGUGGAACAAUGUAGAGAACGUGUGAGAGAAACUGCAAUGUCAUCAUCCUAUUCACUAACACUUGACUAUUGUUCACGGUUUUGUCGUUUAUGAACAUUUCCUGUAAAUAUGUUUCCAUGGAAUAUGUGGGUGUUUUGUGUUUAAAGAGAGCACAUGCCAGAGGACUGAAGGAAGCCACUGGGUGUUUUGUGUUUAAAGAGAGCACAUGCCAGAGGACUCUGAAGGAAGCCACAUGGAAAAGCUCAUUGAAAAGCACCUUAAACAGGACAUUCUUUCCCUUACAAAUGGACAUGGCCAAAGAAUGAAAUUACAAUUUCAUACUAUAUUUAUCUAAAGUGUGUAUAUAGUAAGAUGACAGUGUUUUACAGUUUAUUUUACAUUUUAAUAGCGGAGUAUAUACAUGGGCAAAUCAGAUCACGCCUCCAUUCUACUCCUCCCUACCUAUAUGCAGAAACUUAAGCAGGAAGCACCCCUUGGUAAGGUCUGUUGGUGUGACCAAUCAGAAUCUAUGCUUCUAGAUUGUUUUGAUCACGCAGACUGGAAAAUGUCCCCGGUCGCCUUUGAGAAUAGUAUCGACGUAUACAGAUCGGUGACUGGCUUCAUCAGAAUGUGCAUUAAGGAUGUUGCUCCCACUGUGACGAUUGGAACUUAUCCAAACCAAAACCGUGGAUAGAUGGCAGCAAUCGGCACAAAACUGAAAGGCGCGAACCACCACAUUUUAACCACGACAAGGUGACUGGGAACAUGAACGUGUAUUAAGAGACCAGCUAUGGUUGCAAUUCAACAGCUCAAACAUGAGAUGAUACUCACAAAUGACAAAGGGAAAACCAGCCAUGUCGCAGACACCGACAUCCCCGCCUUCGGACAAGCGGAACACCUUCGCCCGCUUCCCGGACAACAACAUCGAGCCACCAACGGAGGCCCUUGACGCUCACGGGGACUGUGUGCUCUCGUUCUCCGUGGCUGAUGUGCGUAAGACAUUUAAGCGUUGCUGGCCCAGACGGCAUCCCAAGCCGCGUCCUCAGAGCAUGUGCAGACAAACUGGCUGGAGUGUUUACGGACAUAUUACAUCUCUCCAUAUCCCAGUCUCUUGUCUCCACUGUCUUCAAGAUGUCCACCCUUGUUCCUGUACCCAAGAAAGCGAAGGUGCCCUCCAAGCUCAUCACUAAGCUCAGGGCCCUGGGUCCCCCCCGUGCAAUUGGAUCCUGGACUUCCUGACGGGCCGACCCCCAGGUGCUGAAGGAGGCUGAAGAAAUUCAGCUUGGCCCCAAAGACCCUCAAGAACAUCUACAGAUGCAUAGUACUGUACUGCCCGCAACCGCAGGGCUCUCUAGAGGGUGAUGCAGACAUCACCAGGGUUCACACUGCCUGCUCUCCGGGACAUCUACAGCACCGGGUGUCACGGGAAGGCCAAGAAGAUCAUCGAGGACCUCCGCCACCUGAGCCACAGCCUGUUCACCCCACUGCCAUCUAGAAGGUGGAGACUGUACAGGUGGAUCAAAGCUGGGACCGAGAGACUGGUAAUCAGCUUUUAUCUCCAGGCCAUCAGACUGUUAAACAGUCACCAUUAGCCUUAGUCACUGUUCUUGCCAGCUACCGCCCGGUACUCCACCCUGCACCUUGGAGACUGCUGCCCUAUGUACAUAGAGUCAUUCAACACUGGUCACUUAAAUAAUGUUUUCAUACUGUUUUACCCACUUUAUAUGUAUAUACUGUAUUCUAGUCAUGGCUCAUCCUAUAUAACUACUUCUGUACACACCUUUUCUAUUCAUAUACUGUCCAUACAGUCUCUAUACACCAUUAUAUACAGUACAAUGGUGUGUAUAGACACACCAGGCCCACCCAUGGCUGCUCCCCUGCCCAGUCAUGUGAAAUCCAUAGAUUAUUUUAAUUGACUGAUUUCCUUAUAUGAACUGUAACUCAGUCAAAUCUUUUAAAUUGUUGCAUGUUGCAUUUAUAUUUUUGUUCAGCAUACAUGUAAAGUGGGUUCAACAGUUUGUAAAUAUUAUUAAAGUGACCAAUGUUCAAUGACUCUUUGUACAUAGGGCAGCCGUCUCUAAGGUGCAGGGUAGAGUACUGGAUGGUAGCCAGCUAAUAACAGUGUCUUAAGUUCAUGGCAGGGCCCUGGGCCGGAGGCUGGCUAGUGAUGACUGACAACGUUGGCUAGGAGCGAGUAGCAGGGUGACUGUCUGUCGGCGUCAUCUUGUGUCAUCUAUAAUAAAAAUGUGUUGCAUUACCUCCACAGUGUAGUGGUUCUACAGAUCGAUCGCACAAAUUGCUGUUUGUGAACAUGCAGAUAUUGAACUGUCUGGUUGCUGUUGGAACUUGACUCUGGUGCAUUAAGACUGUUGUUCUCCUUCAGUCCACUGGAGGGCGGUCAAACAAAGUCCACCCUACACUUCAUUCUCACGCUGGUGACCACAAAGGAGAUUGAGCUUUAAAAGAUUAAGAGCUGCACUUAAGAAAUCAUUGAUUAAAAUCCAUAAUCCCUGAUCAAUUAUUUUUUGUAGAACUAACAGGUCAGAUAGGGGUUCAGAUGAGAGCAGAGGGUCAAGGUGGGGCUGAGUUACUGAGAGAGCACCACCUGAUCAUGUGUGUCUCUGUGUGUGCUGUGUGUGUGAGCAGGAAGUGUGUGUUAUGUGUUAGGAUUAUAACCCAGACAUUGUUUCAGCCUUCUAUCUCUGACACUUUAAGCUUGAUACACGAGGAGCUACCAGCCUAUACCACAGUACGAUAUGAAAAAAUAAGAAAUCUGUUAAAUACUUUCAAUAUUUGGUGCUGCAUAUGUAUACGCUUGUGAAUUACAUAAUUUACACAUGUGUUAUUACAAGUCUAUUACUAUUUUCAAACAUUGCUGCACAAGGGGUGAUGUGCGCAAGUUGGUGGCAGAACAAGCAGGAGUUCUUAGGGAUUAUAAUUCGAUUUUAUGGCUCGUUUGAAUGUCAUACUUAAUGUUUGUGUCAUUGUAAAUCAACUGCAUUAUACUUAAAAAACACUUCAACUUCAA